AUGCGCGUUGGCGUCGUCGGGCUCGGCGCCGUCGGCUCCAUCUUCUUCAACCGGCUGCUGCACCACAUCAACCCGCUCAACAUUGCUGGCGCCAAAAGCGCCAACCGCGUCUUCGCGCUCGUCAAGCCGCAGCACCUGCCUCGCCUCGAGAGCGUCGCCCUCUACGAGCGUGGCCAGCCUGACCCGAUCCUGCACGUGCCCGUGCGCACGCCGCCAAACGCGCUCGCGCUCACGACUGGCGCCGACAAGCGCGUCACGGACCCGCUCGACGUCGUGUUCAUCGCCGUCAAGUCGAACGACACGCUCGACGUAGCCCAGCAGCUCGCCGCGUCCCCCUUGAUCGGGAAGAACUCGCUCUUGAUUUCGCUUCAGAACGGUCUCGGGAACGUCCAGACGCUGCGAGAGACCCUCGCGACCGAGAACGUCCUCCAUGGGGUCACUUACAUGGGCGGUCAAUGUAUAUCGCCAGGCCACGUGAUCCUCGGCGGCCAAGGCUCGACGAUCCUCCAAGGCGCGGACGAUUUAAGCGACCUCCAGCAACUCCACCUCGAUCGUCUCUGCAAGCUCCUCGACGCAGCCCAGCUGCAUACAACUGUCGUCAACUCCAGCGACGUACAGUCGGUGAUCUGGACCAAGCUGCUCGUGAACGCCGGUAUUAAUCCGCUCGCGUCCAUUUUGGACCGCCCGAAUCUCUGUGUGACGCACGGCGACUCGAACCGCUACAUUGUCGAGUCGGUCGUCAACGAAGUCGCGGCAGUCGCGGCCGCCGAGGGCAUCUCGCUGCAGCUCCACGGCAAGAGCCCGUUGGCGUACACGCUGGACGUGGCGACUGCGACAGCGACCAACGUCUGCUCGAUGCUCCACGACAUUCGGGCGCGAAAGCCUACGGAGAUUGGGGCCAUCAACGAAAUGGUCGUGUACUACGGGCAGCGCCAUGGCAUUCCGACGCCAACGAACCAGCUCUUGGUGCACCUCGUCCGAGGCCUCGAGUCGCGCUUCGCGGCAUAA